GACCAAAAUAACAAUCGCAUCCUCUCGGGCCUUUCCCAUAAACUGUAAAACAACCCAAGGGGUUGCGAAAGUAAAACGUCGGGAAAGCGUCGCAAUGCAUUGUGGGAACGAUUAAGAAAGAAAAAGAUAAACAAAAUGGCUGCCCUCACACGGGAAGCCAUUGAGGAAGAAGUGCGAAACAUUCAAAAUAAGAAAAAGGCCUUAGAAACCAAAGGCGUUGAGUUGGAUGAAGAGGAGGCAGAAAGGGUCGGUUUGGGGGCAACAGGCCAUUAUGACCAGGACAUUUAUAGCAACAGUGGAAAGACGUCCCUUCUUGGAUAUGACACAUCCAUUGCAGCAAGCGAGGAGAGAGAUGAUGAGGACGACUCGAGCACAGUCUUUCAACCGAAGAUGUCGUCUUACACAGCCCCACUCAAUUUCCUAAACGACACACUGAAUGACAAGGAUUUUGAUCCCAUGCAAGAGCACAGACCACAAAGAGUUCGAGACAGAGAAGGAACAUACAGAGCUCAACUGAAGAACAGGAUCAUCUCCCCUGAGCGUUACGACCCGUUCGCUAAUGGCGGAAAAACCCCUGAUGUCAACGACAGAACAUUUGCCAAUGUCAUGAGAAGCUCUGCUUUGGACAGAGAAAAGGAUGCGUAUGAGAAACAAAUAAAAGAGAAAGCGAAAGCUGGGGAACUGCGUGUGGUGAAUGGCGGCGAUGCCCAGAAAGCGGCUGCUGCAGCCGCUGCAGAAAAAAAGAAACGCCGUUGGGAUCAAGCCGCAGAAGACUCUGGGGGGAAGAAAGCCAAAACGUCCUGGGAGUCUGCUGAGACCCCCUCCAACACACGCUGGGAUGAAACUCCAGGCCGAAAAACGGGGGCUGAAACACCUGGCGCCACUCCUGGUCAGAGUACAAGGAUGUGGGAUGCCACACCUGGUCACCUGACCCCUGGAGCCACCACCCCAGGGAGGGAUGCUGGUACUCCCGGGCAUCAAGCUUCUAGCGCCAGGAGGAACAGAUGGGAUGAGACUCCCAGAACCGAAAGAGAGACUCCCGGACAUGGCAGUGGGUGGGCGGAGACCCCUAAAACUGACCGGGGAGGAGACCUGAUACAGGACACCCCCACCCCUGGGGCCAGCAAGAGAAGGUCCAGAUGGGAUGAAACCCCUGGGGCACAGACCCCCUCAAUGACCCCCAGUGCAAUGACUCCUAGCAUGACCCCAGGUAAUCAGACACCUGGAGGAUCAACUCCAAGUGGUUUCACCCCCGGAGGUUCCACCCCCAGUGGGUUUACCCCAGGCGGCAUCACCCCAAGUGGGACAACACCUACUGGAGCCAAAGCUAUGGCGAUGGCCACACCCACCCCAGGUCACCUGAUGUCCAUGACCCCGGAGCAGCUACAGGCAUACACCUGGCAGAGGGAGAUAGACGAGAGGAACCGCCCCCUCUCCGACGACGAGUUGGACUCGCUGUUCCCGCCAGGAUACAAGGUUCUCCAACCCCCUGCAGGGUACAUCCCCAUUCGUACACCAGCCCGUAAGCUGAUCGCGACCCCCACCCCCAUGGCUGGGACUCCGGCCGGGUUCAGGAUGCAGACCCCCGACACAAAGACCCAGAUUGUGGACAUGCAGCCCAAGGGGAACCUGCCCAUGAUGAAGCCAGACGACAUGCAGUACUUUGACAAGCUCCUGGUUGAAGUGGAUGAAGAGACGUUAUCACCAGAGGAACAGAAAGAGAGAAAAAUCAUGAAACUUCUUCUUAAGAUCAAGAAUGGAACUCCUCCAAUGAGAAAGGCUGCCCUCCGACAGAUCACAGACAAGGCACGCGAGUUUGGGGCGGGGCCGCUGUUCAAUCAGAUCCUGCCCCUCUUGAUGUCCCCGACCCUGGAGGACCAGGAGCGUCACCUUCUGGUCAAGGUCAUUGACCGCAUCCUGUACAAACUGGACGACCUGGUGCGGCCCUACGUCCACAAGAUCCUGGUCGUCAUCGAGCCGCUGCUGAUCGACGAGGACUACUACGCCAGAGUGGAGGGCAGGGAAAUCAUCUCUAACUUGGCAAAGGCUGCAGGUUUGGCCACCAUGAUCUCUACAAUGAGACCUGACAUUGACAACUUGGACGAGUACGUCCGUAACACAACCGCCAGGGCCUUCGCUGUCGUAGCCUCGGCCUUGGGGAUCCCCUCCCUGCUGCCCUUCUUGAAGGCCGUGUGUAAGAGCAAGAAGUCAUGGCAGGCCAGACACACAGGAAUCAAGAUCGUCCAGCAGAUCGCUAUCCUCAUGGGGUGUGCCAUCCUCCCCCACCUAAAGAAUUUGGUAGAGAUUAUUGAACAUGGACUGGUGGAUGAGCAGCAGAAGGUACGUACCAUCACUGCCCUGGCCCUGGCCGCGCUGGCUGAAGCUGCCACCCCGUACGGUAUCGAGUCCUUCGACAGCGUGCUCAAACCACUGUGGAAGGGUAUCCGACAACACAGAGGAAAGGGUCUGGCUGCCUUCCUGAAGGCCAUCGGUUAUCUGAUCCCUCUGAUGGAUGCCGAGUACGCUAACUACUACACUAGGGAAGUGAUGCUCAUCCUGAAGAGAGAGUUCCAGUCUCCUGACGAAGAAAUGAAGAAAAUCGUACUGAAGGUGGUGAAGCAGUGCUGUGCUACCGAUGGUGUGGAACCCCAGUACAUUAAGGAUGAGAUCCUGCCCACAUUCUUCAAACAUUUCUGGAACCAGAGGAUGGCUCUGGACAGAAGGAACUACAGACAGUUAGUGGACACCACUGUGGAGAUAGCCAACAAGGUUGGAGCAGCGGAAAUCAUCCAGCGGAUUGUGGAUGAUCUGAAGGAUGAGGCAGAACAGUACCGGAAGAUGGUAAUGGAAACCAUUGAGAAGAUCAUGGGGAACCUCGGAGCGGCCGACAUUGACUCGCGACUGGAGGAACAACUGAUUGACGGCAUCUUGUACGCCUUUCAGGAACAGACCACAGAGGAUGUGGUGAUGUUGAACGGUUUCGGUACAGUGGUGAAUGCCCUGGGCAAGCGGGUGAAGCCGUACCUGCCACAGAUUUGUGGUACAAUUCUGUGGCGUCUCAACAACAAGUCGGCCAAAGUCCGACAGCAGGCCGCCGAUCUCAUCUCCAGGAUCGCCGUCGUCAUGAAGACCUGUCAGGAGGAGCGGCUGAUGGGUCACUUGGGAGUGGUGCUGUACGAGUACCUGGGAGAGGAGUACCCCGAGGUACUGGGCAGUAUCCUGGGGGCCCUGAAGGGCAUUGUCAAUGUGAUCGGAAUGACCAAGAUGACUCCACCAAUCAAAGAUCUCCUCCCCCGUCUCACCCCCAUCCUCAAAAAUAGGCACGAGAAGGUACAGGAGAACUGUAUAGACCUGGUGGGUCGGAUCGCUGACCGCGGGGCCGAGUACGUGUCUGCUCGCGAAUGGAUGAGGAUCUGCUUUGAGUUACUAGAGCUGCUGAAGGCUCACAAGAAGGCCAUCCGUAGGGCAACCGUCAACACAUUCGGCUACAUUGCCAAAGCUAUUGGUCCACACGAUGUGUUGGCCACUCUCCUCAAUAAUCUCAAGGUUCAAGAGAGACAGAACCGAGUGUGUACUACAGUUGCCAUAGCGAUCGUAGCGGAGACCUGCUCCCCCUUCACCGUGCUCCCUGCACUGAUGAACGAGUACCGAGUGCCCGAACUCAACGUUCAGAACGGUGUGUUAAAAUCCCUCUCAUUCAUGUUCGAGUACAUCGGAGAAAUGGGCAAAGACUACAUCUACGCGGUUGCUCCACUUCUUGAAGAUGCUUUGAUGGACAGAGAUCUCGUGCACAGACAGACUUCAAUGUCAGCAAUACAGCACAUAGCCCUCGGGGUUUACGGCUUCGGCUGUGAGGAUGCUCUCACUCAUCUGUUGAACUAUGUGUGGCCAAACAUUUUUGAGACGUCCCCUCACGUUGUUCAGGCGUUCAUGGGCUCCAUUGAAGGCAUGAGGGUGGGAAUCGGUCCAAGCAAGAUUUUACAAUAUGCCCUACAGGGUCUGUUCCACCCAGCCCGUAAGGUGCGAGACGUUUACUGGAAAGUUUACAACACGGUGUACAUCGGAGCCCAGGACGGAAUGAUUCCCGCCUAUCCCAGGGUUCCUAACGACCAGAAGAACAACUACGUCCGCUACGAACUGGAUUAUAUCUUAUAAAGGGAGAUUACUAGCAGCAUUUGUGCGACUUUGCUGUCCUCGUUCUAUUUUGUGAAAGAGAAAAAAAUAUAACACUUAGACAUGAUGUCUGGAGACAAAAACAGCAGCUUGUUAAAAGUAGAUGUGUGUUAAACACUCUAUUGAUCGUGGACAAUGAGGGAUUUAGAUUUAUUAAAGUUGAUUUAAUGUAGUAUGAAUAUCAUUCAACUUUUAAAAAAAAGGAUCCGCGUCCACUGUGUUUCAUUUUGUACAUCUUCAUUUUCUUCGUCAGUCUAUCGUGAAAACAAAAAAUUGGCUCAUUAUGUUUGAAAUGACAUGAUAAUUGGUGAUUCCAAACAAAAAAGGGGAAAGUGUCUUAUAAUUGUGAUCUUCAUAGGUUUAUUUUUUUCAUUCCACAGACAUAUAAUAGAGAUUUGCUAAUACAUUGACGAGUGAUGUAUUAUUAUUCACAAAACUGAAAUACCUUAAGGUCAUCCACUUCUUCACCCUUUCAUCUUUCAGACCUAAAUAUUUAUUAUCUUCGACAGUGGUAAUUAUCUGAAGUUGAUUAAAAGAGCCCCGUUUUCUUUCAUGUAACGUGGAGAAAGUUGUGAAUUGAUUAUGUGUCAGUCAUUGUAACAUGCAAUUUUGUCGACAUGAAAAUAAACGCUAAAUCAUCAAA